CUUUCUUAUUGUCCUCCUCCUCUCGCCUUCCCGUCUAUCACGCUUAACUAUUGAGCAAAAUGACAGAGCAAUCGACGAUUAAAGAACAACAACUUCCAAUGAUCAAUAGUUCCAUUGAGAAAAUGCUGUCUGCAGCUACUGGUGCGAUCAUUACCAUGUCUUUCAUGACACCCUUGGACGUUAUAAAGACAAGACUACAAGAAAGCUCAAAGAAUGGAAUAAAUGAAUAUAAAGGAACUUUAGAUGGAUUGGUAAAGAUAUUUAGAAAUGAAGGAUUGUUUGCCUUAUGGAGAGGUUUAGUGCCUGGACUGAUCAUGGCUUUGCCGGCCACUGCUAUAUAUUAUGUUGGAUAUGAUCAUAUGCGAGACUAUGCGAGAUUAAAGUUUAGAGAUAACCUUGUUGAUACUUAUUCACCAUUAUGGGCAGGAGGAGUGGCAAGAACAAUUUCAGGACUAGUUGUCUCACCGUUGGAAUUAUUCAGAACACGAAUGCAAUCAACAGAAGGAAGUCAAGGCUUUUCAGCAGUGUGGAAAGGUGUCCAAGAGAUGGUUCAUAGAGAAGGACCGAGAGCGCUGUGGAGAGGAUUAUUGCCAACGAUGCUUAGAGAUGUACCGUUUUCAGCAAUUUAUUGGAUGGGAUAUGAAGAGAUGAAGCACUCCCCUUCCUUGGCUAAUUUAUCUCAUUUUCAAGCUUCUUUUAUCGCAGGUGCUUCGUCUGGUAUGAUUGCAGCUGUUGUCACUACACCAUUUGAUGUUGUAAAGACUCAACGACAAGUCACUGCAUAUGCAGCGGAAGCAAGGCUUACAUAUAUCAUCAGAAAAAUAGCCAUCAGAGACGGAAUAGCAGGCUUCUUUAGAGGAUCUGUACCUAGGGUAGUUAAGGUAGCACCUGCAUGUGCCAUUAUGAUAUCAAGUUAUGAAAUGGGCAAGCACUUUUUUGCUGACAAAAGAUCAGAACGAAAUUUGUUGUAAAUAGAUGUACACUUUAUUAUUUUUUAUCAUAGCC